UGUAGGACGCCGCAAAAACAAAAACACACAGCCUGCGAGCAGGAUCGGUCAACAGUAACGUUUCAGAUCGACAGCACAGAAAUGGAUGACUUUGAACAAGAGGGAAUAAAUGAGGAGCUGAUUGAAUUUGCCAUUCGUGAGAGCAUGCAAGACGCCUACAAGCUGCCUUGUUCAUUACACACAAACAGUGAAGACUUCAACAAAAUAAUGUCGGCCAUUCAAACAGGCGAUGUGUGCGCCCUGCAGGAGCUGUCAGCGUGUGUGUCGGCCUUCAGAGAGAGUGACAGCAGGGCCCGGCUGCCUCUGCAUGCAGCAGCGGUGCAGCCUCUGCGGGAGAUCCUGCAUGUGGUCCUGCAAGUGGUGGUGACGUCCACAGAGUUGACCCUGGAGGAGCAGACGGAGGAUGGAGAAACUCCUCUGACUCUGGCAGCGGAGGCCGGUCUGGUGGAAAAUGUCAAGAUGCUGCUGCAGCACGGCGCUUCCCCACACAGUACAAACAGCAGGAACGAAUCCCCUCUGCUCAUUGCAGUGAGAAAGAAGUCAUACGACAUGGCUUUAUCCCUCAUCAUGGGCGGAGCCUUUGUGGAGCAGGUGUGUCUCUCUAAGUGGACGGCCAUCCAUGAAGCUGCAAAGGUGGGGUGUCCGGCCAUCAUGAUGCUGCUGCUUCAACAUGGAGCCAAAGUCACUGCUCGAGGCAAACAUGGGGUGACGCCUCUGGGGAUCGCCGCUGAAUAUGGCAACACUGAGGCUUUGGAUAUACUCAUAGAACAUGGUGGUGAUGUGAACGCCCAGGCCAGCAACGGAGACUCAGUCCUGUAUGAUGCGUCAGGAUCUGGAAACCUGGACUGUGUCAAGCUGCUCCUGCAGCACGGAGCCAACCCGAAUGUGGCUAGCUACGCCUGCCAGCUGCCCAUCCAUAGAGCUGCGUAUGAAGGACACAUACUAGCCCUCAGGACUCUAAUCCCCAUCACCGCAAAGAGAGCAAUCCGUCUCGCAGGCCAUAGUCCUGUCCACUCAGCAGCUGAUGGAGGACAGGUUGAGUGUCUGAAGCUACUUUUACAGAAAGGAUAUGAUGUCAACACCCUCCUCCACAUGCACAUUUCUGAGAACUACGGGGACCUGAGGAAAACUGCCCUUUACUUUGCUGUUUCCAACGGUGACCUGACCUGUGCUGAGAUGUUACUGGAGGCUGGAGCAAGAACUGAACUGGACCCACUGCGAUGCAUCCUAGUGGCUAUACGGGCUGAAAGGUACGAGCUGGUGCAGCUGCUGCUGUCCUAUGGAGCGGAUGUGAACUGUUACUUCAGAGUGAUCAGUAACACGGUGUUUCCCACGGCCUUACAGUACUGUCUCAGGGACCCUGAAAUGCUGCGACUGCUGCUCAACCGUGGAUACCGAGCUUACAAGUGUUUCCAGUGUUGCCAUGGCGACAGUGAAGAAACGGACAGUACUUGGAUAGACAUCCAUAACCAAGCCUACCACAUCUACUGUCAGCCGGAUGUUGUCUCGUUCUGUGAGUUUGUGUCGGUGUCGUGGCUGGAACACCUGGUGGGGAGUGUGGUGAGGCUGCUCCUGGACUACGUCAACCAUGUCAACAUCUGUCACAACCUCCGUCGCCUCCUGGAGAAGACGCCAGAGUGGGAUGAGCUGUCUGACAUACUGAGCAGGCCACGGCCUCUGCAGCACUUCUGUCGACUGGUAAUCAGAGGUCAUAUGAGCCUCAGGGUGCUGAAUGACCCAAAAGCCAUGGCUGCGGUUCCUUUUCCCCCCACGCUGAAGAACUACCUGACCUACAGAGUAUGACCCACGUCACAUGUUGUUGCAGGAUCAUGUUUUUUUGUGUUCAUGAGACAAAUUUACCUGUUUGAACGUUUUUUUAACGUCACUUUAGAAGCGUCUUGUCUCUUUCAGUGAAUGUCUCUUUUAUUUAAGGAUCCAAGCUUGUCAUAUACCAUGUCUAAAGUAAAAUAGAAGUGGUCAACUCGCAAUUAUUUUUGCACACUUUGUAUAUUAUCAAUAUGGAAUUGUAUUACAUAAUAAAAACA